AUGGUAGAAGUCAUGAAUGGAGAGGAGGCGAGCGCUAUGGGAGGAGACGCUGAACUCGUGAACGCUGAUGCGCGCUCCCGAUAAUAACCCGCUGACGCCUUCAUCCGGGAACUACCGCGAACUCGCUCUUCAACAUGGCGGCGUCAGCUAAGAAGAAGAAUAAGAAGGGGAAGACCCUCACCCUGACAGAUUUCUUGGCAGAUGACAGUGGAGGCAGUGGUGUUGCCCCCAGCUACCCCAUCAAAACCACUAGCUGGGCUGAUGAAACAGAUGAUUUGGAUGGAGAUGUUUCUACUUCAUGGCACACAGAAGAGGAUUCGUUCCGUGCACCACCCAUUGACCGGUCCAUCCUGCCCACGGCCCCCCGUUCAGCUCGUGAGCCCAAUAUUGACCGGUCUCGAUUACCCCGCAGCCCGCCCUACACCGCCUUCCUUGGCAACCUACCCUAUGAUGUCUCUGAAGAAUCCAUUAAAGACUUCUUCCGUGGCUUGGCAAUCAGUGCAGUGCGUCUGCCUCGGGAACCCAGCAACCCUGAGAGGUUGAAGGGUUUUGGCUAUGCUGAGUUUGACGAUGUGGAAUCUCUCCUGAGGGCCUUAAGUCUCAAUGAGGAGAAUCUGGGAAACCGAAGAAUCCGUGUGGAUAUAGCAGACCAAUCCAAUGACAAAGAGAGAGACAGUGGGCCUAUGGGAGGUCGCGACCGAGGUGGGAGAAUGGCGGACAUGGGGCCUGACAAGACAGACAGCGACUGGAGGGCUCGGCCGAGUGCAGAUGUUGAUGAUGGACCUCCCAGGAGAGAUGAUGCCUUUGGAGAGAGAUCACGAGAUCGCUACGAGUCAGAUCGUUACAGAGAUGGACCCCGACGGGACAACGACCGCUAUGACGGUGGAAGAGACCGCUACCGGGAGCGCUAUGAUGACAGAGACCGGCGAGAUUACGAUAGAGGAGGUUAUGACUCUCGUGGUGGUGGUGGUGGUGGUGGUGGUGGUCGUCGUGCCUUUGGCAGUGGCUUCCGCCGGGAUUAUGAUGAUAGUCGAGGUAGCAACGACCGUUACGGAGACCGGGAUCGCUACGGAGACCGGGAUCGCUACGGAGACCGGGAUCGCUACGGAGAUGACCGAUAUGAAAGACGAGAUGAUAGACGUGAGGAGAGAACUCCCCAGCAGAGACCCAAGUUGAAUCUGAAGCCCCGCAGUGUUCCCAAGGAAGAAGAAGGUAGCAGUGGUGGUACUUCCCCAGCGGCUGCGCCGACCUCCAGCAGCAGGUCCUCCUCCAUCUUUGGUGGUGCCAAACCAGUUGACACAGCAGCCAAGGAAAGGCAGGUGGAGGAGAGGCUGAAAAAAGAGGAAGAAAGGCUGCAGAGGCAGCUGGAGGAAGACAAGGGCCGAGGUUCUGACAGAAAGAUGAGAGACAGAGACCCAAGCUGGCGUAAUGAGGAAUCUCAUACUGAGAGAUCUCGCACAGGAAGUGAGUCCUCUCAGCAAGGAAGUGGUUCUGGAAGAGGCUCACGGUGUCGAGACGGGGAGCGCUCCGGAGACAAUGAGGUUUUCAGUGGGAGGGAAGAUGACCCCUUAUCUUCUGGGUCCUCCUCACAUCCUCCCCCCUCCAAGGAGCCUCUGAAAGUGAUGCCUGCACCUCCCCCCAAGGAAAAUGCCUGGGCCAAGAGAAGUGCGGCCAGUGCGGGCUCUAAUGAGGCUGACGGGCGAUCCCCAGCCUCCCCAGUUGAUUCAGCCCCGCACAAGUUGAGCUCAAGUUCUGCCGAUGAAAGAGGACCUGGAAAGGAUGAGAACAAGGCUGAUGGUGCACAUCGAGACCGGGGGCCCCCACGGGCACGAGGUGGGCCUGCGGGGCCUGGAGCAGGGCGGGGGCGAGGAGAGGGGCCCAACAGAGACCGAAGAAAGGAGGCAGACAGAAAGGAUAACAGAAGAGACCGAGACUCCAGACCACCACCUGAGCCAAAGAAAUACGAAGAAACCCCAACCCCUAAGUUCAGCUCAGCCAGUAAAUACGCUGCUUUGCUAAUGGAUGGAGAUGGAGACGAUGCUGGGGAUGUGGAGUAGAGAAGACGCCAAGAAGAGGAGCAAAUGAACACGCAAAAUUUCACAUAGCUUAUAUUCUCAUGUGGAAGAGGUUCCUGGGAGGACAAUCAUCCCUCCCUCCUUUUUGUCCACCUUCAAACCUGUCCUUUUCCCCCUCAACCUCCUUCCCUCCUUCCUUCCUCUACUCAGCCCCACCUUGAGGACUUUUUCAGGUUCUAUACAAGUGUCACCUACUGGACUUGUUUUAAUUGGGAAAAAGAGUGUCUGACUCAUGGAAAAGUGAUGGAAAUAAUUAUAAUAAAUAAAUGAAAAAGUGGGGAAAAUGAAUUUGUACAUUUGUGGAUCAAUGGUGCGGUCAGGAAUGAUCCUAGAUAAUGUAGCGCAAUGAAAGACUUUUAAAUCUGAAUCAGUUGUUCAUACCAUGAUUUGCAUACUGCCAAAAAAUGUUGCUUUUAUUCGUUAUACACCCUUUUUUAUUAGUAAUUUGAAAAUUAUUCUUUUAACUAUAAAUUUAAAGCACGAAUCUUGUCUUCCAGUACUAACAUUCACUAUUAAUUCUGGAACUAACUCGUGGAGCAUUUUCUAGCCAUGUGUAUACUGUUCACAGAAUGUUUUGAAAUGAUUCACUUUUAAUCUGAAUGACACAACUGAAAGUGCAGCAGCCACCACACGACUCAAGUGCCAUUAUUGUUCUCCCCCAGUCAUUGUAUAGACUUUGUUCUCUUUCUACAUCACCUGAUGGAAAACGAAACCGCUUCAAUUAAAGUCUUAUCUCCUCUCCUUCCUGGCUGUCUUCCCAUCCUCCACUGCUGUCUGCAAAUCAUGUUCUCUUCCUCACGCGAAGACUGGUGUGUGGGACGUUUUCAUGACAUGGCCUUUUUUUCCUGCUUGCAAUAAAAGGGGUGUCAUUUAAGUAUA